AUGACAGGAUUGUGCAAGGAGUGCCACCCUGAAUACUUUGGUCCCAACUGUGCUUAUUCCUGUGAUCAUUGCCUGGGAUCCUGUGAACAUGGAUGCGCAGAGGGCUGUCUUCCUGGAUUGUAUGGCACUUUCUGUGAGCAGAGGUGCAGUGAAAAGUGUGGACCAGACCCCAACAUUUCUACUGACAACCUUCUCCUUUCACCAAAGGCUGAUUUCCGUGUCUGUCACAGGACGAGUGGAGAUUGCAUCCAUGGAUGUCGGGAGGGAUGGUUUGGUCCACAGUGCUCUUCCCCAUGCAGCCCUAACUGUGGACACAACAUGUGCCACUCGGACAGCGGGAAGUGUACAGACGGAUGUACACGUGGCUUCUAUGGUGGACUCUGCCAGCACACGUGUGAAAUAUGUCUUGAUGGUGUCUGUGAUCAGAAGACUGGUACCUGCACCAUGGGCUGCCACCUUACUGGACAAACGUGUGAUUCUACCUGCACGUUCAACUGUUCUGUAGCGGAAUGUCUGAGAGUGGAUCAUUGCAACCAAGAGGACACCAGUAGAAGACACAGUGGCAUACAACUAGCUACCCUACUGACAUCGCUAUUGUUUUUGGUGGUUGGCAGCGUGGUGUCAGUGACGAUCUGUUGCCGCAGGCGUGAUAGGAUGCUAAGACAAAGUCCACAGGAGAAAGAGCUGGGAAGUCAACAGGAGCCACGGCGUGGAGAGCUGGAUGCACCCAGGACAGGCCAAGAAUCGGAACAGGCAUACCAAGACAUCGAUAUGAAUGAGACGGGCCCAGUGAUAGUGUUUCUGUAG